AUGAAACACAAUAUUCAUAACCCAAAAGAGCAUUCCCCAUCUAAUUAAUUGUUGUUCAAACGAUCUAAGGAAUCAUUCUUUAUUUUUUUUGGGAUAAUUGGUGUUUGGAUGAAAAUUAAUACAAAAAACACUCAAUCACUACAACCAUAGGUUUAACUGACAGACAAAAUAUUGAUUUUCUUACUUAGUGUAAUGUAAGUAUUUUGAUCCAAUAGUAUAUGUUAGUUUUUUGGAAACAUAUGCAAAUGAGUUUUACUACACUAGAAAAGUUAAAAUACUUGAAAAUGACAAACAGGAAUGUGAAUGUCAAAGUUUAGAUAAUAUUCUACUUGAAAUACAUUUUAAUGGUAUAAUAGAUGAGUAUUCUAAUUACACAUUUUCAAAAAAAUGUUAUUUGUGA